UUGUCUGUUCUGUGUGCCAGGCUGCCACCGCUAACCAGUGUAUUUGAUUGAAUUGAAUUGAAUUGAAAACAAUAUUUUUCGGAUUUCAGUCUUAGCAAUAAUUAUUUUUCAAGUAAUAUUCCCACCUAGUAUUAAUUUGGAACGCAGUAAUAAAUUUAAUAUUUUAACAAGUUACACGUAUUUGAUUUUUUUGUGUAUUUUAUUUCUAUGACAUUUUGUGGCUGUCCUCAUUACUCGUGCAAAUGGAUGAUACAGUGAUUUCUCCAGGUAAUAAGAUGGCAGAUUCCGCGUCUGAAAGCGAUUCAAGCUCUCUUGAUGGCGGAGCUAUGUUACCUCCCAGUACGGUCUCUCGUGAUCAGUUACAAAAAAGAAUUGAAUCUCUCCAACAACAAAAUAGAGUUCUGAAAGUAGAGUUGGAUACAUACAAAUUGCGGGUGAAGUCAUUACAAGAAGAAAACCGUGCCCUGAGACAGGCUUCAGUUUCAAUUCAAGCAAAAGCAGAACAAGAAGAGGAGUAUAUUUCUAAUACAUUACUGAAGAAAAUACAAGCAUUAAAGAAAGAGAAAGAAACUUUAGCUCAUCAUUACGAACGAGAAGAGGAAUGUCUUACAAAUGACCUAUCCAGAAAAUUAAAUCAAUUACGCCAAGAGAAAUGUCGCUUGGAACAGACUUUAGAACAAGAACAAGAAUGUCUAGUAAACAAAUUAAUGAGGAAAAUUGAGAAACUUGAGGCUGAGACUCUUGCAAAACAAACGAAUUUGGAAAGACUUCGAAGAGAAAAGGUUGAACUAGAAAAUACCUUAGAGCAAGAACAGGAAGCUUUAGUAAAUAAGCUUUGGAAGCGUAUGGAUAAGCUAGAGGCGGAAAAACGUUCACUGCAGAUAAGACUGGAUCAACCUGUGUCUGACCCUGCUAGUCCUAGGGACAUUAGUAAUGGCGAUACAGCAUCCAAUUUAAGCAGUCAUAUUCAGACAUUGCGCUCGGAAGUUGUAAAAUUAAGGAAUCAAUUAGCACUUUCGCAAAAUGAAAAUAAGGAGAAAAUGCACCGGUUGGCCUUAGAAGAGAAACAUAUCAGAGAGGAAAAUGUUCGCUUACAACGAAAGCUGCAGCAGGAAGUAGAGCGUCGUGAGGCGCUUUGUCGACAUCUAUCUGAAAGCGAAUCCUCUUUGGAAAUGGAAGAAGAAAGGCAAUUUAAUGAAGCCCUAAGUGCUCGUUCACGCAGCGUCUCUUCACCGGGUGGAUCACGGCCGCUGUCCCCGUAUGCGACGCCUUUGCUUCCGAAUGCAGCUGGCCUGCCAUUAUCUCGACCUGCUUUGCAUCUAAAUUCACAGACGAGACGGCCGAGCGAUCGGUUCGUGAAGCCGGCAGUGCCAACAGUGGCAGGCGUGGUGGGCGUAACAGGUGUGGCGGGCGUGGCGGGCAUGGUGGGCAUGACGGCGAGCGGAGCGGUGCAGGCGCAGGCGUCUCGAACGUUGCCUCCCGAGCCGCCAGCGGCUCCACUACGACUGGCCUCCACUGCGCCGGCCAUCCUACAGCCCGCUAGCCCAAUGGACACUUCCUCUAAGGAUUAAAGCCCGAAUCACAUUACGAAACUAGUUUCAUACAUGAUGUAAUUUAUUCCACCUAACUAAUUCAUACGCUCGGAACGUAUGAAACUAGUGUCGUAUUAACUUUACUAGAACUAUCAAUUAUCAGAGAUGAUAAAAAUUAUGAGUUGCAGCUUAUGGCAAAAUGUUCAUACUAGUUUCACACCCGUUUACAUAAUAAAAUCAGUUGCAUGAUACAAAUUUGAAUAACAAAUUCAUGUGAAACACAUUUUACAUUAAUAAAACUAAUGCAUGUAUUUGGAUUUUAAUGUCACACUUUAAACUAUGAAAUUAAUAUCGUGGAAUUA